ACGGAAGUCUCGGUCGAUGAUCGAGAUAUUGCUGAAUCAGGUUGGCUUGGUCGUGAGACAGGUGUCAUGUCCGAAGCCGUAACCGAUGCACGAGAUUGUCGGUCUGAAUGUGAAACGAUUGCCUCCUCCGAAACCGCAUCAGGAGGUAGUGGUUACCGACUUCGAUGUGUGGGUGAAACCUCAUUCGGAAUCAUGGCAAACUGUGAAGACCGCCAGCUAAGACGUGAGGCAGAUGCGUCGUCUCCAGUUGUGGCACUGGGAGAAUAUUGUGAGCCUGAACGUGAGACGCGCGCCUCGUUUUGA